GUGCACCUUACAUGUCACAACUUUUUUAUAGAGGCUUGAUCAAUAAACCUAAUAAUGUCGGAACUUAAAAAAUUUGUUAAUAAAAAUGCUGAAAAUAAAAGACCCAUUAUUUUAAAAUAUGAAAAAAAGUACAAAAGAUUGAAACAAGAAGUGAAAGACAUGAUAUUUAUUAACGCAGCGGUUUGUGAUGAACUUGCCGAUGUACAAACAAAAAUCUCAAUAGCACGCGAAAAUAGAAAAUUUUUAGCGAAACGUUUGAUGCGUUGUGAAGGUCACGAACCUGUGGAUAAAAUACCUAAAAGACUACAAAAGCGUCUGGUAACAAAAUCAAAACCCGAACCGAAAGAAGAAACCAAACCAAAAUCAAAAACUCAAAAAAAAUCAGAUGGUGGAAUAAAUUCGGGGACUGAAACAGAGUCAGAGACUGAAACAAAGUCAGAGACUGAAACAAAACCAGGGACUGAAAGAAAGUCAGAAACUGAAACAAAGUCAGAGACUGAAAUAAAACCGGGAACUCAAUCAACCGAAGAGCACAAAGAAUCAGCGCCACAAAAAGGAAUAAUAUUAGUUGAUAAACAAGUAAUUCCUGCAAAAAAACGCGAGCAUAUAAAACGUAAAGCUAAAACUGAUAGUGUUAAGAACGAUAAAUGUUUACAAAAUGAUAAGACAUUCGAUCGAAAUGGCAAGCUAAUAUAUCCCAUCGUUCUAUAUAAUGUUUCAAUUCACUCAAUUGGUAAAAUCAUAACAAACAAUUCAAAUUUUCAUACGAAAGAUUGGAUAUACCCAGUGGGAUAUAUUUCGACGCGUAUAUAUGUACAUCCGAAAAACCCAAGGGAUAAGUGUGUCUAUACCUGUAAAAUAGUUAAUAACGCUGGUAUGCCACAGUUUCAAAUAAUACCAGAAAAUGAUCAAAACAAUAUAAUCAUUGGGCGCAAUCCUAAUCUUUGCCAUCAACAAAUUGUGAAGAUUUUGCAGCGUAAUUUGACUGAGGUUACCUUAUUACCGUUGCGUGUAAAUGGAGAAAAAUUUUUUGGUUUAUCACAUCCUAUAGUAACUAAUGUAUUAAAAUUGGAUCCUGGCUAUAAAAGUUUGAAAAACUUUAAAGGAUUUGGCACAAGUAACGUGGAUGAAUACAACUUACUAGAAGCAAUUGAUCCAACCAUAAACUUUGAAGCAUUACAAUCUGUCAUUGCAUUAUCUGUAUAUGAGACUGUAGUGGAAGUAAAAGAUAAACCACCAGACGACUUAUUGCAGUGAAGUUGAUAUACAUACCGAAGUUCUAGAUAUA